AUGAAUACGUUUGGGAGAAUACCUGGGAUGCGGUACUUAUCCAGGAGUCUAAUAUUCGCAAAACAGGGGCCUUUCGGACUCCCCAGUGGAUCUAGUCGUAAUGUCUUGAUCUUACCAAAGAGAAAGAAUUCACCAAGAUCAAAGAAAAUAACGAAAAAAAUAAGGACCACAGAAGCCUACAAACCACAACCUCCAAGCAGAGAAGCUAUUGAGCUAGAAAAGAAAAUUAAAGAGUUGAAUGAACAAACAAGAUUGAUCAUUUCAAGGAUAAAAAAAGCCGAACAACAAAGUUUAGCAGAUAAAGUUAAACAAGCUAGUCAAAAUAUUGAAGGAAACAAUGAAGACAUCUCAAGUGAUGUUGAUGUUAUUUAUGAAUCUAUUAGUCAAAGUUCAGGAUCACCACUGGGUGAUAGUAUUGAUCCAUUUUUGAUUGGUGAUGGUAAAAAUGAAUCAAAAGAAAUUAAAUUAUUUGAUAGACCUGCAAAAGGUAUUGAUGUUCCACAGAUAAUAUUGGAUAAGAUUGGAGAUGACGUGAAGAAUAUUGUUUCCAAAGAUCAUCAAAACUGGGAUGAAGUUAUCAAUUCAUUACAAAAAGCAGAAAAUAGAUUGAAAGAUUUGAAUAUUAAUGAUUUAAAUAAAUUCACAUCAGAAAUUCCUAAAAGUUCAUUAAGUGUCAAAUCAAUCAUGGUAUACUAUGAUCUUUUACAUGAAGCUUUAGAAUUUGGAAAAUUACAUCGCAAUCAUUAUGAUUUCUUUAUUAGAGAAUUGGCUGAUAAAGGUGAAAUCACAUUAACAGAAUCUUUUUUUCAACAAUUACUCACAGAUGGUCAAGUACCAACCAAAUAUAUUUAUUCAUAUAUGAUUGAUCUUUAUUCCAAGGAUAAGAACCUUGAAAAAGUCAACCAAGUACUUCAGGUUAUGAAUAAAAAUAAUGUUAACCCAGGAUUAGUCGUUUACUCUGAAAUAUUACAGCUUUGUGCUGAUUUGAAAGAUGCCAAAAGAGCUGAUGAUAUAUUUCAAAUGAUGAAAUUCAAAUCUUUAGAAACAAAACCAGAUAUUACUGCAUAUAACAUCAUGUUAUUGGUUGCCUUAAAAGAACAAGAUGUAUUAAAAGGUCUUGAUCUAUAUAAUGAAAUUAUACUAGAUCCAACCUUAGAGCCAAAUCUCUUCACAUUAACAUGUUUAGCUAAUAUCUGUUCCAAAAAAAAGCAAUACUUAUUGAAAGGUUGGGAUUUCAUCAAUGAAAUAAAUGAAAGAAGACUAGUUCCAGAUAUCAAAACAUUUGAAUCCAUGCUGAGAUUAUCAGCUAAAGAUGGUGAUUUGGAACUUGCAAGAACUUUAUAUUUAACAAUUUUCCAAAUGAGAACUGAUUCACCAACAGCAGGUGGUCCAGCGUUUGCAUUUUUAAUGAUGGUUUAUAGAGAUUAUAAACCUGGAAAGAUUCCAUUAAUGCAACAACAUGAAAAUGGUGACCAAAUCAGAAGAAACGCCCUUGGAUUAGCUGACUUGUUAGGUUUAGAACAACAAAAUUUAGAUGAAGUGAACCAAAAUAAGAGACCACCACUGUUACCAAUCCCAAUUUUAAGAAGUUCAAAACAAAUCAUUGCUGAAUCAAAUGCCGUUUGGUAUUAUCAUUUAUUAAAUGAGCCAGAAACAUCAUUCAACUUACACAAUUUGAUUACAUAUUUAAGAAUUGCAGUUGAACAAGGUGACAAGGAAGAGUUUAUGAACAGAUGGAAUCAACAUACCUUUGCUAAUCCCGAGAUCAACGCUACAGGAACAAUAGAAAUAUUGAAUGAUGAUGAAAGCUCAAAAAGUCGAAUCACACUAGAACAAGAUGAUUUAUUUGAUGAGACAAAGGAUUUAUCAAUUUCUGAUAUCGAUGAAACACCAGCUGCUAUAAGAAUGUCAAUGAAGAAAAACUUCAAGUUCGAAAGAGAAUCCAAACUUUACAUCACUUUAUUAUCUGCUGGUAGAAGAUUCAAAGAUACUGAAAUGUGUGAAAUGGCAUGGAUUGAAAGAGGUAAAUACAGAAAGACAAAAAGUUUCAAAUCAUUAGGUGAAAAAGAUAAAUCCAAAAGAGAUUUUUAUGAUUAUAAAUUUGCACAGGAAAUGGUUUAUUCUUUUACCGAACUAGGAUUAUUAGAUGACGCAGUUAGAAUCGUUCAAUCUACCAAAAAUCAAUUUGAUUGGACUUUCUAUGUCUUGAAACCAUUAUACAUCGAAUUACAAACAAUUGAAGAUUAUCCAAGUAUGAGAAUUAUCAGUGCAAUUUGUAACACUAGAAAGGGUAAGAUUUUACCAGGAAUGUUGAAACCACAGGUUAUGUCACAUUUAAAAGAUAAAUAUAACAAUUGA